AUUCCUCUCAAGUAAGCGGACAGUGGUCGCAGAGUUCGCCAUUCGCCUAGAGGCGCGCGAGUAAACCGGUCACAAAUUUCGUGCGAGCUCCGCGAGAGGUAACCGUUUAUCAGUAUAACAACAGUUUCCGGCAACAAAACAAGUGAUGGCCUGCAAGAUGAACAUUGUUUUCGACAACGGCACCAAAAUGCCGGCCCUCGGAUUCGGCACUUGGCGGGCACCGGACGAUGAGGUGGAAAAAGCACUGAACGAGGCACUAGAAGCCGGUUAUCGGCAUAUAGAUACGGCGCCUGUUUACAUGAACGAGAAGACCAUCGGGAAGGUGCUGAAGGAAUGGUUGGAUGCUGGCAAAGUGACGAGGAAUGAGUUGUUCGUCGUGACUAAACUGCCACCCCAUGGUACUCGAGCCAGCUCGGUGGAGAAAUUUCUCAAACGAUCGCUGGCCGAUCUACAGCUGGAAUACGUGGACUUGUACCAUAUUCACGUUCCGUUCACUGUACCGGAAGUCGAUGGACCCUUUCUAAUGGACGACAACGGAGAGAUCGUUUUGGAAACAACUACCGACCACGUUGCCCUGUGGAAGGCCAUGGAGAAAGUGCUCGAAGCCGGUCUCGCACGCAACAUAGGCCUAUCGAAUUUCAACCAACGGCAGAUACAAAGGAUUCUCGAUAAUUGCCAAAUCAAGCCAGCUAAUCUGCAGAUCGAGAACCACAUCUAUCUGCAGCAACCGGAACUGGUGGAGUUCUGCAAGCGCAACGGUAUCACCGUGACCGCCUAUUCCCCGCUCGGUUCAAAGGGAAUCGAACAGUUGCUGAACCGUCAAGUGCCGGACUUGCUGGACAACCCGGUGGUGAAGGAAAUCGCCCAGAAGCUGGACAAAUCGGCCGCCCAAAUUUUGCUACGUCAUCUGUUGCAACGUGGGAUUUCAACGAUUCCGAAAAGCACGAACUCGAAGCGGCUGAGGGACAAUAUCGACUUGUUUGGAUUCAGCAUCGAUGACGCCGAUAUGCAGCGUUUGAAUGAAUUGGAUCAGAAUGUUCGUAUUUGCGAUUUUGGAUUCUUCCCGGGCAUCACCAAGCAUCCGGAGUUCCCAUUUUGAGUUGAAUGAAGUUGGAUUGAUUUCUCAUUAUUUUCCAUGAGUGAAGCAGCACCCGCUUGGGUUUAUUGAUUCCAUUUAUAGAUGAUUAUCGCAUCGCUAGCGUUUGGCUACAUUUUUUUAUUAGUUAGUACAGUAAAAAUAAAGAAUAUAUACUUUCCUCUGAAAAAAAG